AUGACGAAACCCAAAACCCUCUUGCUUCUGGGAGGCAUGACCCCGGAUGUCACAGCUCUGUAUUACAACACCAUCAACAGCGUCGUGCGCAGUCACCUGGGCGGUCGUUCCUCUGCUCCACUAUACCUGUACAAUGCAGAUCUGGAAACAAUGAUCCAAUAUGCAUCGCGCAAAGAUUGGGCAAGUUUUGCCUCGGUCUACAAAGAUCCGAUCAAUGCGCUGAGUCAUAGGAUUGAUGGCGUUGUUGUAUGUGCCAUACUCGCACACAAAGUUUCGAAACAACUGUCCGCCGACUCCAGCGUGCCUCUUCUUCACAUUGCUGAUUGCGUGUCGACGCAUCUCAAGGCAAUGUAUCCGCACAUCAAGCGUGUAGGUCUUCUGGGACCAAAGGCUACGAUGGUAGACGCCGAAGACGCGGACUUUUUCGUUGGACGGUUGCAGAGCCCUCAGCAUGGAUUUUCCGUGCUGAUCCCACAGGGUGACGAGCACAUUCGCGAAGUGGAUAGAGGAAUGAUUGAAGAAGUCGCAAAGGGGCGGGCAUCGGUGACAGAGUCAACAAAAGCCAUGUUUGUCUCGGAAGCACGCGCACUGGUGGAUCGUGGAGCGCAAGCUAUCAUACUGGGGAGCACCGAUCUGGGGUUUGUCUUUCAGCAAGAGUCUCUUCCGGCAGGGAUUCCCUUGAUCGAGCCCGCGGAAAUCCAUGCGAAACAGGUUGCACUUUGGGCACUGAACCAAUCUAGCUAG